AUGAGCCGGCGCGCCUGCAGCUGCUCCCCACGAUCCCCUUCCAGCUCCUGCCGGUGCAGUGCCGGCGCCGUGACAGCUCCCAGGCGCCCUCGUCCCUCGGACAGUUGCAAAGAAGAAAGUUCCACUCUUUCUGUCAAAAUGAAGUGUGAUUUUAACUUUAAGCAUGUUUAUUCUGGACUUAAACUGGUAAAACCUGAUGGCAGUGGAAGGUUAGGUUCCGGCACUUCUGCAUGUUUGGAAGAUUCUUCUAAAGACUGCAUUAAAGACUAUGAAAGGUUAUCAGAUAUUGGAUCACCGAUUGUGAACCUAAGGACUGUAGAACUUGAAACUGUGAGCAAGCCCUUGCAUAACAAGGAAAAUCAACAUGUGCAACCAACACUUAAUAGUUCAAGUGAAAUAGAUAUAGAAGAACUAGAAACCAAUGGACCUUAUGAAGAUAGUGGCUAUUCUUCAUUUUCCCAAAAAAGUGGCCUCGUUGAACAGGAAGAGGCUAGCCUUUCCCUGGAAGAAAAUUUUAAUGACAGUCCACAAUCUUGCCUGCUGCAGACUCAAAGCCCAGACCAAUAUCCCAACAAAAACUUGCUGCCAGCUCUUCAUUGUGCAAAAGUGGUUUGUUCAACAUUAAAAAAGAAUGCCAAACGAAGUCUUAAAAUAGAUUGGGAGAAGCAGGAAGAGUAUAAUGUAGGUUUUAUAAUACAGAAUAUAAUUGGCAGAAAAAUGGGCCUAGAAUAUGUAGAUAUUCUCAAUGAACUCUUUCAAAGGGGACUCAGACAACUCUUAGCAAAUAUUUUAACACAGCUCAGCGAUAUGGACUUAGUCAAUGUGUCUAAAGUGAGUAAAAUUUGGAAGAAGAUUCUAGAAGAUGAUAACAGGGCAUUGCAGUUGUACAAUAAAGCAGUACAAAGAGUUACUGAAAAGAACAUUAAGUUUUCUUCACACGCUUCAACCAGAGAAUAUGUUCGGUUCAGAACUGCACUGGCUUCUGUUCAAAAAUCGGCAGCCCAGCCUCCCUCCAAAAACUGUGCUCGAGGCAAGUUAUCUGAUGCAGCUGAUCAAAAAGGUUCUACUUACAGUCGGCACAAUGAAUUCUCUGAGGUUGCCAAGACUUUGAAAAAGAAUGAAAGCCUCAAAGCCUGUAUUCGCUGUAAUUCACCUGCAAAAUAUGAUUGCUAUUUACAACGGGCAAUCUGCAAACGAGAAGGCUGUGGGUUUGAUUAUUGUACAAGGUGUCUGUGUAAUUAUCAUACCACCAAAGACUGUUUGAAUGGCAAGUCUUUAAAAGCCAGUUAUAAAAUGGGUCCUCUACCUGGUACUAAGAAAAGCAAGACAAAUUUACGACGAUUGUGA